AUGGCUGCAGGUCCGCAUACGUUUGUUCUUGUUGAUGUCUUUGCAUCGGAAAGAUAUCUCGGCAACCAACUGGCCAUUGUCAGCGUUCGCAGCAAUGCGCUCACCUAUCAACAGAAGCACCAAAUCGCCAAGGAGUUCAACCACCCUACAACGGCAUUCCUCCACGACGGGCCUCACCCAUAUCAGCCCCGCAAACUCGAACUAUUUAGCCCCAAGGGCGAGCGCGAUUUUGCGGCAGAUGCUGUCUUGGGAACGGCGCAGUACAUUUUCCAAUGCCUAAUGACCAGUGACGAUGCCGUUGCCCUCCCCAGCCCCAACAUCGCCGCUGGGAACAAACCGGGGGCAAAACUGUCCAAGAGCGCCCUGCAGACAAAAGCAGGCGUGAUUCAAGCUUAUUUCGAUCCUGCGAGACAGGUCGCCGCCAUCGAAGUGCCAUUUGACCUCCAUGUUCACGGCAAAGAAACGCCCAAAGAUGAAAUCCUCGCCGUGCAGCGGAAGCUCGGCACCAGCCCACACGUCGAUAAAAUGAAAGCAUCCUACUCCGUCGUGUCUAUCCACAAAGGCGUAACAUUCACCCUCGUCGACUUCACCACCAGCCCGGCACUCAUCUCUCUCCUCCGCCCCGGCGAAGCACCGGAACCAAACCUCGACGCAGGUUGGAGAGCAGCAAAGUCCACAGGAAACGGAGCUACCACUCCCACCACCACCACCCCACCAUCAUUAUCAUCACCCCCUUCCUUUUGCGGCGCGGUGUAUUUUAUCCAAUUGCAAACCGACUUCACUGAAGAGCCGUACAUCACGCGCCUAGAAGUUCGCGUGAUCGCAGACGGCGUCGAGGAAGCAGCGAGUGCGAGCGGCUGCUGCGCGCUGGCGGCGCAUCUGGCGAUGCAAAAGGGCGGGAAGGGCUCGAGACAUGCGUAUGCGAUUGAGCAGGGGAUCGAGAUGGGGCGGAGGAGCCAGCUCUGUAUCGAGGUGCGGUUGAACGAGCAGGGCACGGGGGUGUCGAGGAUUACGCUUUCUGGGAGAGCGACGAUGGUGAUGGAGGGGAGGCUUUUGUGA